AUGUCUUACGAACCAAGCAGUUCAGAAAGCGAUUCACGUUGCACCAGCCCUGAUAGCUGUGACGACUCUAGUCUUCAUUCAACGCUGAAAUAUCACUGCAUUGACAAGUCGAAAAGACUAAAGGCAAGUGCAAGGGAGAGAAAACGCAGACACGUAUUAAAUGUUGCAUUGGAUUCCCUACGACUCAAAGUUUCCUGCUUGAACCAAAAUCCGCAGAAAUUAUCGAAAAUCGAGGUUUUACGACUGGCCAUCGACUAUAUAGCAAUGCUGACUUGUUACCUGGAUUCAACAAACAAUGGGUACUACCCCACCCCUGCUCCUACGAGGGGACCAUUUCAGCCAACCUCCUUCAGUCAACAUCAUUCGGUACCUUCUGGUUACUCUUUUCUUCAAGAUUUAAGCAGACAGAAUGCGGGUUAUCCGGAGUCUUCAAGCAGUUCGGAGUUUGACAUCUAUAUCAGUGGCUUGAGUGCGAACUGA